UAUUAGAAGCAAAGAUAGCAGGAUUGGUUGCCUUGUAGCCUUUUGACAAAUUCCGUGGUUAAUCAUAGUACUUGCAAAGACAAUACAAAAUGACAGACACAAGCCCAACAACCAUUCCUACUCAUGACUCCACGAAUAAGCUACAGGGCAAAGUGGCCAUCAUCACCGGCGGCGCGAGCGGCAUCGGCGAGGCCACCGCCCACCUGUUCGCCGAUCGCGGAGCACGCGCCGUCGUGGUAGCCGACAUCCAAGACGACAAGGGCCGACGUGUGGCCGAAGCCGUCGGCGCAAACCGCUGCAGCUACGUCCACUGCGACGUCACCGACGAAAACCAAGUCCAAGCCACGGUGGACUGGACGGUCAAAACGUAUGGCCAGCUCGAUAUCAUGUUCAGCAAUGCUGGGAUCGUGAGCAGCUCCGAUCAGGUGAUCCUCGACCUCGAUUUCUCCCAAUUCGACCGCCUUUUUUUGAUCAACGUGCGUGGUAUGGCCGCUUGCGUCAAACACGCAGCGCGUGCGAUGGUGGAGCGACGAGUGAGGGGGAGUAUUAUAUGCACGGCGAGCGUGGUGGGGAGCAAAGGGUCGAAAAGGAGGACGGACUACACCAUGUCGAAGCACGCUGUGGUUGGGCUCGUCCGGGCCGCGAGCCAACAGCUUGGGGAGCACGGUAUAAGGGUGAACAGCGUGUCGCCGUACGCAGUGGCCACGCCGUUGCUGCAGGAAGCACACAGGAAGGAGGCGGAGGAGAUUGAGAAGGUUUACGAGGCUCUCACUCCGUUGAAAGGGAUCGUGUUGAGAGUCAACCACGUAGCAGAUGCCGUGUUGUUUCUGGCCUCUGAUGAAUCCGCAUUUGUCUCCGGGCAUGACCUCAUCGUUGACGGUGGGUUCGUAAGGUGAUCUUCACCGUCGAAAAAUCAAAUUUAUCACUUGUACACAUUAGUACAUUGUUGAUCUUCAUUCCAUCUUUUUGCCAGUGUUGUGCCCCUGGCUAUGGAGCCCUGUAUGUAUUUAGUGGUCUUGUGAACGAUGAAUGUGGAAUUUCCUCUAGCACUUCAACUUUUGCUCAGAUUUGAGAAUGAAUUGAAUGCUCAGAUUAAUCA